AUGCUUUUCCGCGAAUUAGAGACGGGUAAAAAGAACGAUAUCAUGUUUUCUGAAGGACCGGAUUUUCAUUGCAUCGUCUCUGAUUCUAUUUUUUGGGCGAACGACAAUAUGCGCGAGCUGAUCAAAGCGUUCUUAAUUGGAGCAAUGGAUCAACUCAAGCUUCAAUCAGCGCCUAACUCAGACACAUCGGAUCCUGCAUCUCAAGGAACACCUUCUAAAGGGACUUCAUCCCAAGGCGUUGCCUCCCAAGGCGCAGCAUCGGAAGGCGCUGCCUCUCAAGCUGCGGCGUCCCAGAAUGGGCCUCUCUGGAGAGACAUUCCCUGUGUUCAGAUGGAUACUCUCCCGGAUUUCCAAAAAAUGGUGCUUAUGCUUCCUCCUCAAGAGUGGGCCCAGGAGGGACUGCCGUCCUGGAUGUAUCCCUCGUGUCUCAAACAUGGUUUUGUCUGCAACAACCACAAAGUCGCCAACAAGUAUAUCCACUUCCAGCUGACUGGCCCUGACGAAGUAAAAAUGCUUCAAGGAACAAUUCAACUCCGAGAUGGCCCUGGGCCGAGGGUCGAAUUCCCACUGCUCUAG